AUGCCAUUGCUCAAAUCAGGCGAUAAACAUCAGAAUGAUUUAGCAACAACUAAGACUUCGUCUUUAUCAUCAUCUCGUUCAAUAUCAUUAAUACUAAAUAUUAUUUUAUUUCUGGCUCUAUGUGUAUUCAUUGUAUGCUUAUUACGUGUUCUUAUUUAUGAAGAACCUAUUUCUAAAAAACCAGCAAGUAAAUUACCAAUACCUCAUCAAUCUAAGAAACAUAAACAUAUAUCACGUAAAGAAUAUUAUUAUGAUUAUGAACCUUAUCUUAAGGAUGUAACAUUAAAACGAACAAAUAGAACUCGUCGAUUUUUUUAUAUUGAUCUUGGAUGUUUUGAUGGUCGUGAUAUGGAUUAUUUUUUACAUUUUCAUUUAGCAGCUAUCACACGUUUAGGAAAACCUUAUAUUAUUGCAUUUGAACCUGACCCAAUAAAUUUUUCUGCUUGUAAACUAACACAACAACGACAUAAACCAAUUCAAGGAACAGUUUAUGAUGUUGCUGUUUGGACUGAAAAUGGUCAAAUACGAUAUGCAACAGAAAAAGGACAAAAAUCUAAAAUAGAUUCAAAUUCAGCAUUAUAUGUUCGUUCAGUUGAUUUUUCAACAUGGCUGACAGAAAAUCUUCUUAUGGAUGAUUAUGUUUACAUUAAGUUUACAAUUGAAGGAGCUGAAAUACCUAUUUUAGAAAAAAUGGUUCUUGAUGAAAGUUUAGCAUUAGUUGAUCAUUUGGAAAUUGAAUGGCAUGAUGGAUUGUCACCUGAUUUCGAGCCAAGACGUAUUGCACUUGAAUGUAUGUUUGACAAUUUUGGAAUGGAUUUUUUAUAUAUGAUCAAUCCAGUUGAUUUAAGACAUGCUUACAAUAUAAAGGAGAACUUUGAAAGUGUACCGAAAGAUAGAGGAUGGAAAUUAAAAGAUCCAAUGGCUCGUUUUUUUUAUAAAACUCGAAAAGAAGUACCCGAUUUAUUAAUUGAACGAUUAAAAAACAACCAAAGAAAACUUCCUUCUAUGGAACAAGUCAAUAAACUCUAG